CGUGAGUAUCACACACGAAUGUUCUUAUUAGAUAUUGAAUCGGAAGUUGACGCUUAUUCUGCAGCUGAGUGGCAGCAGUGAGUUGUUCCUUGUGAUGUGAGGACCACCUCAAUGGGCACAACUAAUUCGAAUAAGAUGCGGAAGUGAUCACAUCAAGACUGGGUAUCGACGAGCUUGUAACUCAGUACCGGGAUGCCUCGCCAGUUGGACCUAUAUGCAUAAUGAGUCGGUCAACAUCUACUCCCACGUAAUAGGCGCCGUAAUCUUCAUUCUGCUACCAUUCUACGUCUUCAGCGAUGGAAUUUCAGCCAGAUGGAGCAUUGCCUCAACCGCAGACGUGGUCGUCUGCACCGCCUAUGCCAUUGGUGUAACCAUCUGCUUCGUCCUUUCCACGGCCUUCCACACCCUCAUGUCCCACAGCGAAUCCAUCUACCUCUCCGGCAUCAAAGCCGACUUCCACGGCGUUCUCGCCCUAAUGUGUUCCUCCGUCUUCCCUCUAGCACACUACGUGUUCCCUUGCUCCCCGGCAACGCGGGAUGCCUACAUCGCGCUGACGGGCGUACUGGCCGCUCUCUGCGCCGCGGCGACGGCGAGGCCCGAUCUGGGGGCCGUGGACUUGGGACAUCACCGCGCCGCGUUGUUUGCUAUGUUUGGGCUCGCAGCCUUUGUGGUGCCCAUCGGGCACGGGGUGGUGGUGACGGAUGGUGGACGGGAGGUGUGGGAUCGGGUUGGCGGGUGGUGGGUUUUGUGGACGGCUGCGUGGAAUUGUGUUGCUGUUUUUGUGUACUGGGCCAAGUUCCCGGAAAGAUGGUUCCCAAGAACGUUUGACUUGCUUGGGGCCAGUCAUCAGUUGAUGCAUAUAUUUGUAAGUUGGGGUCUUCUCUUGCGAGGCUGCCUUGGAGAAGACGGUAGGGAGACGUACUGAUAGUCUCAGGUUCUGGCUGCUGCUCUUUCGUAUGCGAAAGCUGUUAUUGUGGCUUUUGACUAUAGACAUGCGCGGGAGCUUGUGUGCUGAGUUUCCGACCUCCGACAAAAAGAUAUGCGACAGGUAGGCUGGGGAGACAUGUAUUCGAGGGUGAGCUGUCAUCAAAGGGAGUUGGUCUUGACAGAGGGGAAUAGUGGGAAAGACGUUUUAAACCGUAGGCCGGCAUGAUAUCUUGAC